AUGCGUCGCUUUUUUCAGUGUACAACGCAGGCGCUGCGCGAGCGCCUGCUCAUGCCGCUGAGACAGUUGACAUGGGCCGAGGUGCUGGUCGCCGUGUCUGUUGGUGUGCUGGGCGGCACCUUUCCGGUACCCCUCGUGACAUCGCUGGUCACGCUGAUUAUUGGGUAUUACGUACGAUGCACUACAGCCGAGCUAGUACUUGGCUCUACGGCAAACCUAUUCUGCACUCCCCUCCAGUUUGCGCUGCUCCCCUCGUUUGCGCGCUUCGUAGGGUCUCUUACGGAGGAGGACGUCACCGCCUUCACUGCCCACGCGCUCCAGGAGUCCCUCCGGGUGGGCUAUGCCACCUUCCUCUCUUCCUGUGGUCGAAUGAUUUUCUACGCAACUAUUGGGUGGUUCCUCGUUUCAACUCCGAUCGUCCUCGUUCUCCGCUUCGCUCAGCAGUGCAUCGGACAUCGUCAGUCGCAGGAGAUGACGAAGUGA